UUGAGCAAGCUUCGAUUACUUGUUCACUGAGAAAAGAAGGUGAACAAGUCAUGGCGAAUGCAUAAACACAAGGAAUGCUACUACUUCUACUACUAUCAAAACCCUAGCAGCAGGAGCGAGCUCUUUCAAUGGCUGCGCCGACCUCCGCCACCGCAAAUUUGACCAUCAGUCUUUCUGAGAAAGUUAGCAAUGUAAUUUCUGGCUGCCCGCAAGACUACAAUUCGUGGAGAUCGUUGAUUUCAGAGCUUGAAACUGCAUCUCCAGAGGAUAUAAAUACCAUUUCCCUUGCAUAUGAAUCCUUUUUGUCAAGAUUCCCGUUGUGUCAUUGGCAUUUGGAGAAAUAUGCUUAUCAGAAGGCAAAGUUUUGCAACUCUCAAGAAGCUGUUGAUAUUUAUGAGCGAGCAGUGGAAGUGGCAAUGUAUUCAGUCGGUUUCUGGUCAGAUUAUUUCACAUUUGCUGCAGCUUGUUUUGAAUCCCCUGGGGAUAUUCGGCGAUUGUUUGAAAGAGCCAUCUCAUUUGUUGGAAAGGAUUACUUUUGCCAUGUCCUAUGGGACAAGUACAUGAAAUAUGAAUUCAGUCAGGAGGGGUGGAGCUUUCUUGCACAAAGUUACAUUUGGGCAUUGAGGUGUCCGACAAAGAAGCUGCAGUUGUAUUAUGACAACUUCAAGCAGUUUGUUGCGAAUUUGGAAGAGGAGAUCGGAUAUGAAAAAAGUGACAGCAUAGGAGAGCAAAUAUCUGUUCCUUGUGCUGCAAUGGAAUUAUCUAAGGGUGAAAUUGCUCUUGUCAUCAAGGAUAUGCUAGAUUCUUCCAAUAGAACCGUCAAAUCCAAAGCGCUGGAUAGAUAUAGAUAUAUUGGUGAAGAAUUCUAUCUGGAAGCAUGCCGCAUGGAUGGUAAAGUAAAACGUUUUGAGUCAAGGAUCCAAAGGCGUUUUUUUGAUGUUACUCCUCUCGAUGAUGACCAAUUAAUUAAUUGGCAUCUCUACCUGGAUUUCAUUGAGAAGGAAGACAAUUUGGACCAGACCAUGAAACUCUAUGAAAGAUGCUUGAUUCCUUGUGCCCGUUACCCUGAAUUCUGGAUACGAUAUGUGGAGUUCCUGGAAUCAAAAGGAGGACGUGAGCUGGCUAUUUCUUCCCUAGCCCGGGCCACUCAAAUAUUUUUAAAGACUGUACCAGAAAUCCAUUUAUUUGAUGCAAGGUUUAAGGAGCACAUAGGAGAUGCCCAUGGUGCUCGUGCUGCAUUAGCUCUUUGUGAUCCAAAAACUGAUUCCAACUUCAUUGAAAGCAUUGCUGCACAAGCUAACCUGGAAAGACGUUUGGGGAACUUUGCAGCAGCUUCUGCCACAUAUGAGAAAGCACUUAAAAAAGCAAGGGAGAAGCAGAAGCUACGCCUUCUUCCCACUCUGUAUAUGCACUUUGCUCGCCUUACAUUCUUGACAACAGGUAGCACUGCUGCUUGUAGAGAUGUAUUAAUUGAAGGUAUACAACAGGUGCCUCAUUGCAGAUUCCUUUUAGAGGAAUUAGUAAAAUUUGCAAUAACUCAUGAAGGAGCAAGCCAUCUCAACAUCAUAAAUUCAGUCAUAGCAGAUGCCAUUUCACCCGGAUUAGAUGAAAAUGAAGGUUUGGAUGCCAAAGAUCGAGAAAACCUAUCAUGCUUGUUUUUGGAGUUUGUCAAUCUUUGCGGGACUUUGCAUGAUAUAAAAGAAGCAUGGAAUCGUCACAUCAAAUUAUUCCCCCAGUUGCUAAGGUUAAAGACACCGUCUAAGCACCCUGCACCGGGCAGUUUCCCAAUAUGUUUGACCAGGGAUAAGAAAGGGAAGUAUGACCACCAUGUGCUUAGCCGGCCAUCGACAAACCAUUCCAACCAACUUCACGGGGAAGAACGUGUACCUGAAUCUCCCGCACCUCUUAUGGACCAGAGCAGCAACGCCAAGGAAAAAGUGCAACUGCUGUCGACCAAAGAAGUUUUGUCCAAUGUUGAUGAAUCUCGAGACACUGAACCAGCUACAGUUUCCUGUCAGUCUAGAGAAGACGGACUGGGGCCUAUGGUUGUUGCUGUUGAAUUUUCUGACCAUGCUACGGGGAAUGCUUUAAUUGUCCAUGAUUCAGUCAAGGAUUUCUCGUCCCAAUCUAGAGGAGACGUACCAGAGCCAAUGGAUGUUAGUGCUGAAUUUGGUAUAAAGUCUAAAGAAGAUGAGGUUGGGAAGUCAAUAGAGAGAACUGAAUCAAUUGAAGCAUGCCAAUCCAGCUUACCCAAUGUUCAACCGGAGUUGGAUCAUGAGCUCAACCAGUCGAAGUGUCAGGAAAAGGAAAAGGAAAAGGAAUCUCGGGAGUUGAUCCCCAUGACUUGUGAUGAGUAUGGGACUAGUCCGAAGAGCAUUCAUUCAGUCGACUCUCUCAAAGUCCGUGGUGAAUCUGAACGAGAUGGAUCAGUGAGUCUUCAGCAUAAUGCACCAAGGGAAGUGCAUCAUCCAGGGGAGCCUUCUAGCACCUGUGGUGACUCAGCUGAAAUAGAUCACGUGGUCCAAGCUCCUGGACAUGCAUCGUUAUGGUUCCAAGACCAAAACCAAGCUCAAGAUCGGGAGCUUAAGUUACAGCAAUCUCCCCACAUUGAUCGCCAUAAAUUAGUAAAAAAUCAAGGUAGUGGAAGACGCAGCCAGUCAGAAGUAGGGGCGGUUGUGGAUGAUAAAGCAACUGAACAAGACGAGCCCAUCACAAAUCAACACAACGCUCAGAAGUUUCCUGCUAGACAACAACGUAGUCAGUCGGAGGAUAGAGCAACUGAUCUGGACCAGCAAAUGGAUACCUUGACAUCUCCUACUUCGAUAAGCAUGUCGGGAGGACAGCAACCGGUUUCCUCACAACCAUUUUCUUAUGCUCAGCAAAACAUGAAUCCGGCUGCUCCAACGACUCAGCAACAAUGGCAAGAACAACAGAGCUUGGCCAUGAACCAGAUGAUGUUGCAGUAUCAUUACCAGCAGCAGCAAUUACUGCAACAGCAGUAUCAGCAGCAGCUGCAAAUGCAGCAUCCCUACUAUCAGAUGCAGCAACAGUAUCUAACCCAGCAGCCAUAUCAAGUGCAGCCGUCUCAACAGCAGCAACAUCCACAGAUACAGCAAGGUUGCGAGCCUCACCUGAAUCCUCAGCAGGCACAUAAUACCCAAUACCAACAACCUCAGGGCGCCACUUACCAAGCACAGCAACUGGCGUAUCAACAGCACUCGUCGCAGGAGCAACAGCAGCUUCUUUGGCAGCAGCAGUACCAGCAGUAUCAGCUUCUGCAACACCAGCAGCAGCAGCAAGGGUCUAUGAAUACGCAAGGACACAAUGUGCAUCACGAUCCACCAAGGCAACCGGACGAACAACUGCACCAAUAUCACCAACCCAAUCCACAACAUAAAUUCACUCAACAUAUGAACCAAAAUCGACAGGGUACACCAGAUUAUGCAGCAGUCAGAGCUUCUUCGUCUCCACGUGUUGGUGCUCGAUCACCACAAGUUUCACAAUAGUUAGCAACCUGCCUCAGUGAUAAACAUGGGUAUUGUAAUAUUGCAUAUACUAGUGACCGUCUGAUUCUUGAUGAUCGAAAUAAAACGUUAUCAUAUUUUGAUCUAA